CCCAGAACGCGCGCGCGGAACCGGAUAAUGCGUCACUUGACCCGGAAGCGAAUGCGCACGCGCGUGACCCACGUGCGCCAGCAGGGAUUCUCCCGAUCGACCGCGCGUGCGUGACUUGGUCACAUGGAUUCCAACAAGGAUGCACAACCAGCAAAGCAACAACCGAUGAUUUACAUUUGUGGAGAAUGCCAUACCGAAAAUGAAAUUAAGGCAAGGGAUCCAAUCCGAUGCCGAGAGUGUGGAUACAGGAUAAUGUACAAGAAAAGAACCAAAAGAUUGGUUGUGUUUGAUGCACGUUGAGCGCAAUGUCAAGGAGACGUCUGGAUUUCAAUGGCUGUCAACAGAAGUUAUGUUGUUUUUUUUGUAUAUGCCAGAUGCGGUCCAUUAUUUUUCUUUCCUGUAUUUGCGUGAAUAAAAUUUUUGUUGUAAAUCUUGUACUUUGGUUUGAUCGGUAAUAUUGAAUGCGUAUUCUCUCGUUUUACUACAUUUUACAAAAUAAGCAAACUUAGUUUUUCGGAUGAAGAUUACAUGAAGGUUUUCUCAGCAGUUUCAGGCUUUGUUUUAGGAUUGGUUAAUAUGAUAGUUGCAGUCUGCAUUGUAUAUGAAACCACUGCUUUAAACCAGAUGCCUUAUAAUAAACGUUUUACAGAACAUA